AUGAUGGAAAUGGCCGAGAUCCGAGAGACGUUUAAUGGUAUAGUGGUCAACGAAGGCGGCGCCGCAAACGAGUACACGCUGGAUUUCGAUCCGGAAUUCGUUAUGACGUGUGUGCUGAGGGUACUGGAGAAGGACAUCAAAAACAAACCCGAUCUGUAUAAGUUGAUUCAGAUCGGUGUAGAACGAGGUAACAAUUUGGAAAAUAUACUGAAGACUUCGAAGCCGGAGUUUGUAAUCGAACUGAAGAGACUCAUUAAAGAAUAUUACUUGGUGUCGAAAGCGAACAAAUCCAAGAACAGUUUGACUUUGUCUAGAAUUUGUGAUAGCUUUCCGCUAAUUACAUGCUCGUACAUCCGCCAUGCGAUUAAUCCUACCGUUUCUGUUAGUAAAAUGCAAUCGAUGAGCAGAAAUUAUCCUACGGUGAUGAUGACAUCUGCUUUUACAUUUUUGAUACCAAAUAAAAACGAAACGUUUUGCAUGCUAUUGAAAAAAGCACAUAUGCUUCAUCAGUACGAAUUUUUCGAUACAAUAAGAGGUAAUCGAAUGCGUUCACAUUCUGUUGAACGCAAUCGUGAUUUAAUUAAUGAUGUUAUGAAGUGCACCAACGCAGCUAUCGAGGCAUCGCAUAUUACUUAUGACACACAGAUGGAGUUCUUAAAAGAACAUAAUUUAAUAACUACAGCGGAUGACAAUAUAAUUACUGUAUCGGAAGAAGUUCUCGAAGCAGUCGAAGUUUGGGGAAACAAAUUAAUAGAAUAUUACGAAGACUAA